AUGGACUCUGCAGAGCCCGCCUCCGCCGCGAGCGGAGACCUUUCGGCAGACCGAUCCACGGCUGGCCGCCUUCGGUUCGGGGAGGAGGAGCCGAACAAGGAGGGAGAGGAUGGGGAAGGGAAGAGGGGCGGCUGCUCCUGGGAGCAGAGCCUGAAUCCCGAGCUACGGCAGGGAUACCGCAUCUUGAGCGAGUUUCUCUUAGAGAAGUACCGACCUCUGACAGCACCGUUUUUGAAGCCCCUCGCGGAUCAGGCAUACCCUGCGGAAGAAGGAGCUGGCUCCUUGUCGAGUCGUAACAGCAGUCAGGCCCUUCAGCAAUUGCCAGCUGGAAUGUGGCUGUUGAAAAUGGAAGAGAAAUUUUCCAGUGGUCAGUACACAGGGAUAGCAGAUUUCGUGGGUGACUUCCGGCUGAUGCUGGAGACGUGUUACCGGCUGCACGGUGUAGAUCACUGGCUUUCCAGGCAGGCCCAGAAGCUGGAGAUGAUGCUGGAACAGAAGCUGGCGCUGCUGUCCCGACAUUUAAGAGAGAAAACAUCAAUAGCUGCAACUUCUAGAGGAUACUAUGGCCUGGAAGACGAAAAAGGAGAAGCAUGCAUUUCAACAAGACGUCGUUCUGUGCCUUGCAAUUUAGUGGGCUUGUCAACAGGCAUGUUUGAGUCUGUGAUGGUUCAGGUUGUAAGACAAGAAGAACAGCUGAGAGCAAAAGAGGAAAAGAGGCUGAGAGAGCAAGAAAGAAAAGAAGCAGAAGAAGCUAGUCAGAAAGAAAUAGAAGAAUGGGAAAAGUCACUUUUAGCUCAAGCAGCACCUACAAGAAUGGAGACAAUGUGGGAGAUUCCAGCUAUUGGUCAUUUUCUUUGUUUAGCACAACAGAUUUUAAAUUUACCUGAAAUAGUUUUCUAUGAGUUGGAACGUUGUCUUCUGAUGCCUCAGUGUAAUGCUUUUUUGUCUAAAAUAAUGACUUCUUUGUUAAGUCCUCCUCAUCGCAGAUCUACGUUACAUCGCAGGCCUACGCUUUCUUACAGGACUUGGGAAGCAGCACUGAGACAGAAAGUACAACACUGGUAUACUGUUGUAGGGCAGACUGACAAUCCUAAUAGCUCUGCAGAAAAACUUGGAUUGUGUCCACAGUUUUUCAAAGUCCUUGGGGAAGUUAAUCCUUUGGAGGAAAGAUCAUUUCAUGAGCUACCAUUCUACCAAAAAGUAUGGCUGCUAAAAGGUCUCUGUGAUUUCGUGUAUGAAACACAAAAGGAUGUUCAGGAUGCUGUGCUAGGUCAGCCUAUCCAUGAAUGCAGAGAAGUAAUUCUUGGUUAUGACUACUUGGAAAAUGCAUAUGUUCAUUUUCCACAGUUCUGUGGUGCAGAUGUUCGGAUUUACAAACAAAAACCUUUUCAGGCUCCUGAAUUCCCAUCUCCUCCCAUCAAAGUUAAAAAAGUGUCACGUAUUAGGUUGGAGAAAGUAAAACGUGAAUGCAUAAGCAAAAGCAAUGGAGAGGUUGGUUCUGGUGGUAGAGAAGAGCAGCUAUGUCAUUCCAAGACAGAAGUAGAGAAAACUAUGGACUCUCUUGUUGUCUGUCCAGAACAGAAAGCACAUUUAGGUAUCUUUAGGGUCACUACAGAGGAGAUUAACUGUGAAACCAAGACCUCAAGAGUCUGUGACAUCCGAAAAACUGGUUCCUACAAAGAGAAUUUGAGGAAUUUGAUUAGUUCAGGAGAGAUUGUGGAUGGUCAUGCUAGUUCAGGAGAAAUGAGGGUUGUGGAAAAUGGACAAGGUUGUGUUGAAAUGACCAGAGUAAAAGCUGAAGUCAGUCCAUUCAAGGAGAACACACUGAAAGCUUGCAAGAUGCAUGUCAAUGGCACUCAUAAUGACAACCAAAACAUAAAUUACCACAAAACUGCUGAAGAAACAAUGCUAGAGAAAUCACUGCAAAUUAAGAAGAAACUAAGUAAGUUACAGGCAAAAAAGAAGAAAAAGAAAAGAAAGAAGUUGAAGGAUAUUCUAACUGAGAAUUUACAGAGAAAACUUGAUGACUUGCAAAGAAAGCGUGAAAUGCAUCUUCAUCCUUUUAAAUCUUACAAAUCUGAGAUUCAGAACAAGUUGUUUAUAAUUAAAAAGAAAGCCAAACACAAAAAGCACAAGUCUGGAAAAAAAUCUGUAUCUAAAAAAGCAAUCACAAAGAAGAGGAAAAGUGUCACAAAGUCUACCAUACCAGAAUUUCAGCUUAUUUGCACUAAUCUUGAUGAACUCAGGGACUUAAUCACAAAGAUUGAGAAUGAACUCAAAGAUCUGGAGGACAUUAAAAAAAAAUCGGGAAGAUGGUACCACCGGAAGCAAGCGGUAAAGGAAUUGCAUGGUACGCUGACACGAUUGCUUAAUGAACUGUUACCAUGGGAACCAAAAUUAAUGAAAGCAUUUCAAAGAAACAGGUCUAGAUUGAAGAAGGACUACGAUGACUUUAAAAGACAUCCAGACCAUGAUAAAUUUACCAGAGACUUGUGGAACAAUGAUGAAAGUGAAGUUGAUUCUGGCAAAGAUUCUUUUACAGUAGCAUGUGGUAAAUCUUCAGAGUCUGCAGAACAUGUGGAAGUUCCCCAGAAAGAUCACUCAGACAAUGAUGAAAUGAAACUACUAGAGAUGACUUUACCUGCAGGAAGGAACAGAAUUCUGAAAAAAGAAUCAACAUCUAAAGAAAUACAGAAGACACUGUCCAAAUGUGUUAAACGACAGUUCAAGCAAAAUAGUUGUCUGGAUCAAAGUACUGAUGACCUCUCACCAAGGAAGAAAGCUAAACUGAGCACUAAUGAGGCUGUGGUCCUUAGUUCAGAAAGUAGCCUGCAGCCAGAUAGGUGUUUGAUGGAGCUAAAACAAUAUGAAGGGUCAACUCUUGAAUCAUUUUCCUUGACAGAUCCUGCAACAUCAGCAUCAAACUUUCUGAAAGGGACCAAACCCAUCCAGGCCUUGCUUGCCAAGAAUACUGGGAACAAAGUGACCUUAACAAAUCAACUGUCGCCUCCCCAUGGCAUUAAUGUACCUACUUCUGAAAAGCCAGUUACAUCAGCUUCAGAAUCAUCACUUGUAAAACCAGCUUUGCCCUGCCAGAACAGAUCUAAGACUCCUUUACAAAUGGUAUACAAAAUGCCAAAUGGCCACUGUAUACCAAUAGACCUUCACAACAACCCUGUGCAGAUUCAUGUGCAACCUGUGACUGACCCUAAAACUGGAGAAAAAGUAAUGCAACAAGUUCUUAUUUUACCUAAGAGUUUUCUUACUCAGCAGAAAGAAAGUAAAAUUGUGUCCAAGGAUGUUCAGUCAUUACAACAAAAUUCAUCUGAGCUGCACUGUACAACUUUACCAGAAAUGCCAAAUGCCAGUGUUUCCUUAACACCCAUUUUGAUAACAAGCUGUGCAAAUACCACCAGUCAGUCACCUAGCAAAAUUUUUAACAAGAAUAUUACUCACUCGUCACAAGUGAUUGGUCCCACAAACACUACACAACAAUUGCCUACUGUAACUUCAGCAGCUACCAUACCAUCAUCAACAAUUAAGGUGAGCCAAACUGAAACUAACAAAAUCAAGACUACACUUUCAACUGCCACAUUCCCCACAUCUUUGACUUCACCUACUCUUUCCACAGCUAGCCAGUCUUUGAUAUCAGCAACAGCAUUAAGUGGAUCUACACACACUGCUGCUACCUGUCAUAGUCUUGCAUCACAGCAAACUGACUCCUUUGAAACUAGGCAGGAGCUGAAGACUGUGUGUGUCAGAGAAUCACAGUCUAUUUUGGUCACAACACGAGGUGGCAACACAGGAAUUGUUAAAGUGCGAACAAACUCAGACCAGUUUUCACCUAGUAGUUUACCUACUAGUUCGGUUUUCACUUACACACCUCAGCUUCAGGCCUUUCUUGUGCCAAAUGCCACAGCAUUGUCAUGCUCUGCUCUUCCCUCUGUCGCAACAGGCAAGUCUGAUCACCCAAAUACUGAACAAUCAUCUCUUUCUGGAUUUUCCCUCUCCACAGCUUCUUCUGUUAACAUUCCAGCCUUGCCAGCUGAUUUUACCCAGGCGAUGGGGAAAAAUACAAAAUUCACAUUACAGCACUCUGCUGUUGGGGUCACUUUGGGUCAAGUAAUAGAGAACUCUUGCUGUGUGUCGUCUGGUUCAUUAUCCUCCAUUUCAUUAGCUGGCAAUCUGAUAUCCACAACUUCAGACAGUCCUGUUAGUGUGACUAGCGCUGAACAAAAUAGCACUGUCACAACUCCAAAUUCCUCCGUGCAGCAACAAGGUGAUAGUAAAAUUCAAACAUGUCCGCUUAUACCAUCCGAGUCUCAUUCAGUAACUGAUGGAGGUGUAAUCAGUGGUACACCAGUCCAGAAACUCACACUAGUGACGAAUCCACCUAUUUUAUCACCCUGUGGUGCAUCAGGAGUCAGUGUUAUACCCUGUCCAGUAUCCACUGGUCUUGAUGCUCAGAGAUUGGUUUUCAUUAAUACACAAAUCGCCAGUGACCUAUCAACCACCAGGCUAGUUGCAGAGUCACUAAAAUGUAACCUUCCUUCUUCCUUAAGCAAAACUUUCGUUAGUACCACAGACCAACCACAGUUGGUUCUGAUCCCAUCUUCAGUGGUAGCACCAGUAAGAAUAAAUACAUCCCCAGCUGUUGCUCAAGUGAAAGAUGUAAAAAUUGGACUAAAUAUAGGUCAAACCAUUGUAAAUGGUAAAGGCAAUGCACAUCAGGCUCUGCCAGUUAAUAAAAUGCACUCUCUCAUUUCUAAGGGAAAAGACAAAAAGGCUACGGGCUUGGCUUUAUCUCUGACAAGUACUACUGCUUUGGUUCCUGUUCCAAGUUUUGGAAGUCACAGUGAUGCAUCUGUUAAUGAAUCUGUAUGUGUUGCAUCAAAAGAUGAAAAUUCCUUUACAGUAACAACAGCAAACACAUGUGUAGAAUCUGUUUCAGUGGCAUCAAGCGGGACUUCUGGGACAUGGCCUGCUGUCUUGAUUGGUGGAAAUGAUCCCUCAAGAAUAAGGCAAAUUCUGGGUAAUCGACUUUCUACAUCAAAUAUUGGCAAUACUAUGGGUAUAUCAACUGUGAAAACAGGACAUCUUGCUUCAUCUGUGCUGAUUUCAACAACACAACCAACAGCAUCUCAAAAUUUAUCACCUGCUUUGCAGUUUCCAGUCAUUAGCUUGCCUGUAUCUGUAGCCACACCUCACAAAGUGCUACAUAAUGUUACUCAGUUGGCAGCAGUACCAGCUCCUCCUCCAGUACCAAAAAGCCAGUUGCCCACAUUGCUUCAGUUUCAGUCAUCAGUAAUUUCAGCUGCUAAGCCAACUAAUCCAGACAUUCAUAGACCUCAGAGUGUGUGGUCCCCUCCAUCACCAAAUAAAGGUACAAUCAGUAGUUUUCCCAAUUUUAAUUCCCUACCAUGCCAGCAGGUACUUCCCAAUGCAGAGAAUCAAAGUCAUGUUUAUUCUUGUGCUUCUACCAUUCAGAUGACUGAAGCUUCACCAACUCUAACAAGCAUGGCAGGAGGUCAAUUGAAUGAACCUUGCAUUCAGCAGAAAAUAGUCAUUAACACCUGUAUGCCUUUGGCACCUGGAACUCAGAUAAUGAUUAAUGGCACUCGUUUUGUUGUUCCACCACAAGGCCUUGAAUCUGGCAGCCACGUUCUUCUCUCUAGCAAUACAAGACAGAUUCCUCCUUUAACAGUUAACCAUAGUCAAGAGGUUCCAGGUGUACCAAUUGUUAACCCAAUAACCUCAAAAAUCAUGCUAGCACCAAGUAGUUCAUUAAGUUGGCAUAUACCAAAACAUCCUUUAAAAAGCUCUACAAAGAUUGUGAACUCUUUUGGUACUGCAGAUGCUUUCCCCAUCAUGCAUGCAACACCUCAUAUAUUUAGUACUCCAGCUAGCUCUUGUACUCCACAGUCUGCAGCAACACCAUCUGUGUCUUCAGUGAUAAAGUCUCCUGUUAAUGUAGCUACAUCUUCUGUAGUUUCUACUAUUCAUCCUCCAAACUCUCAUUUACCAAGCAACACUUCAAUGGUUUGCUUAGACACUUCAAUCAAAAAACUGUUGGUCAGUCCAGAGGGAGCCAUUUUGAAUGCUAUAAAUACUCCGUCAAAAGUUUCUUCUCUGUCUUCAUUGCUGCCUCCUGUCGUGUCCACAAGCAGAAAUUCUACCACUGUCUUCUCUGCAUCUCAGUCAUCUCGCCUUGAUAAGACUGACAAAACUGCAUCCUAAAUUUACUGCAAUAGAGCCACUUUGA